AACUGCAGCAGCAACUGCAGCAGCAGCAGCAGCAGCAGCAGCAGCAGCAGCAGCAGCAGCAGCAGCAGCAGCAGCAGCAGCGGCGGAUGGGGCCUUGGCAGCAGCAAGAACGCGCUUGGCGCCGCUUGCUUCGCAGCCGCGGCUGCGCCGCCGCGCAGCCGCGGGCGAGGGACCAGGGCCUAGGCUUGUCUUCUGCGGUAGCAGCAGCAGCAGCAGACGCAGAGGCCUCAACAGCAGCAGCAGCCGCACAACACUGCAGCAAGCAGCAGCAGAAGCAGCAGGACCAGCGGCACCCGCAGCAGCAGCAGCAGCAACUGCAGCAGCAGCAGCAACAAGCAGCAGCACGGCAGUCCACGCAUCCCCCAGAGCCGUAG